AUGCUUAUCCUCGAGGCCUUAGCAGCGCCCUUGCGGGCCUUACACCGUCGCCUCACAUACUUCUACCGAUUCCUUCUCAUACUCGCACUAUAUCGCAUCUAUGCUGUCAGCGCUGCGCACCUCCUCGGACUAGUGGACCUACGCCGCCUCUGCCUAGAUCCGACCUACACAGUCCCGCUCAAGCACGUCUUGGCCCCAGAACUUCACGGACCGAACGCUUUGAUGUGGAUGUCCUUCGUCUGGGACAUCGCCUUCUGCCUUGUGCAUGCUGCCUGGGCCUACCGAAGCCAAGAUGGGGAUGUCGUCCUUCGAGUCAGCAACCUGGCAAGUGAGUGGCAGCGUACUUUGGGUCUGGUGUGUCGAUAUACCCUCGCCGGGGGGCUCGUCGCCGUGCCUGCGCAUUGCCUUGUCCUCUGCGGUCAAGCCACGGCCACAGACAUCACCACCGCGAUGCUUGCGACCUGGAUCCUCGAAAGAUACGUCAUCUGGCCUGCUGUGGAGGCAGUCAUGGAUACCAGGGAAUAUCCUGUAGCAUCCAUGGACUCUGUGAUGCGGUGGACUCUCGAUGACCUUGUUGCGGCACUGCCAGUCCUAAGGCCACGCUCUGUGCCUCAUGAGGACGACUGCGCGAUCUGUUGUCAGUCGCUGCAAGAGAUUCGCAACGAAGCGCGCGCAAUUGUCAAACUUCCCCAGUGUGGGCACGUAUUCUGCAAGGCAUGCAUCAGCGAGUGGAUGCACAUCGGGCGUGGUUCCUGCCCUAUGUGCCGUUACUGGUUCCCCGACGACCUCCGUGCCAUCUGCGAGCGCCGGCGUUCUGCCCCAGUCAUGUUUCUUCUGGAGGCGACAGCUUCAUUCGUCUCGGCAUGGCUCUGGGCACUCUUCGAUGGACUCGUUGCGUUCUUCGGUCUACUCAUGUCGUGCAGCCACCAUUUCGUGAUGCUCGUUCGCCGGCUCACGACGUUCUUCUGCCGACUUACGACUUUCCUCUGGCGACUCACGAUGUGGUUCUUCCCUCGUCUCCCGGCGUUCUUUGGCACACUUGCGGCGCUUUGGGCUGAAACGGCACGAGUUCCUCAAGAAUCUGACUGGUUCCUGAGCGGGCAACGUUCUGAUCGUAUCUUCGGCGACCGACAGCACCAACACGACACUCCUUUCCAUCCUUCCGAGGCCUGCGACAAGCGUUUCGAAGAGCUCUUGGCGAUGAUGCAACAACAUAUCGGCAUUAGCUCGGACGACAUAGCUCGGCAAGACAGAGUCAUACAGUGUCUCGAGCGGCUUGCGUUGUCUUUUGACCGCCUGGCCCAUGCGACAGCGGAGGUGCGCGCCCCUCCGGCCUUCGAUGUGUAG